AUGAUCAACGUCUCCGCAAAUACCUAUGUUAAUGAGAAAUCUACCUUCAGAUUUUACAGUAAUGGACAUGUGCUAUCGGUUAUUAUAUAUGAAGAAGACGGCUCUAUUGGCUAUAACUGCAAUCCAUGUAGCUUGACAGAUGCUGAUUUGUUUUUAAUGCAUGAAAAAGAUACUAUGUAUUUCAAAAUCAAAGGCGAAUGCACCUUUAAAGCUUCUGUAGACUCAAAUAAUUAUCUAUACACUACUUGUAAAAUAAACAUCGAUUCCAACAAUACUUGCCUUGAGAUUCAUUUACCAUCCUUUGAAAUGAAAAGUACCGAACUUCGUAUAGAGUCUAGCUCUACUGACAUAUCCAGCGAGUUAUUUAAAGUGCAUGAGCUUCUUUAUAAUAUAUCUGUUCUAUCUGACAGUGAUAUUCAGUUUCUUGUUUCUAAAGAGCAGGAUAAAUUUCAAACAUAUACAGCUGUUUUAGCAUAUCACUGGAAUUCUUUGGAUGUGCUUGACUCUCCAUGUGCACCAGGAGAAGAAAAGACACCAGAGCUUUCGGCCAUUACUUUGUUACAGAAGUAG